GGGUCUGUGCGCGCGGUUGCUGUGGCAGCGCCGGACGCCGACUAGAGCCGAGGCUGCCGCUGCCUCCGCUUCCCCCAGUUCCUCCUCGUCCAAAGUCCUCCUUCCCCAGGCCCCUGAGUUCGGCCCAGCCUGUGGCUCCGCCAUGCCUCGGGGCAAGCGGGGCGGCCGCGUGAGCGCCCUGGAGGGCGGCGGGGAGGAGGCGGCGCCCGGGGCGGCGGCCGCGGUGCCCUCCGCGCUCUGGGCGUCCCCGCAGCAGCCCGAGGCGGCGGCGGAGCAGGUUCUGCUCCGGGGCAUCUUCGAAAUCGGGAGGAACAGCUGCGAUGUGGUGCUGCGCGAGCGGACCCUGAUGUGGCGGCCCAUCCAGCCCGAGCGCCCCGCGGGUGAUUCCAAGUUUGACUUACUAUGUAAAGAAGAAUUUAUUGAACUCAAGGACAUCUUCUCUGUCAAACUGAAACGGCGUUAUUUUGCUAAACAGCAGGGAAAUGGUACUUUAUUGGGUAUCACACUCUUCAUCUGUUUGCAAAAGGAACAAAAUAAAUUAAAGGAUUCUACACUUGAUCUUAUUAAUUUAAGUGAAGACCACUGUGACAUAUGGCUUAGAAAGUUCAAGAAAAUUUUGGCAGGUUUUUCCAACAGACCAAAGUCAUUAAAAAUAUUCCUUAACCCCCAAAGCCACAAAAAAGAAGCUACCCAAGUCUAUUAUGAAAAGGUUGAACCACUGUUGAAGAUUGCAGGAAUAAAGACUGAUGUAACAAUAACAGAAUAUGAAGGGCAUGCUGUGUCACUGCUAAAGGAAUGUGAACUACAGGGGUUUGAUGGCGUUGUCUGUGUUGGUGGAGAUGGAUCUGCCAGUGAAGUAGCCCACGCUUUGCUUCUUCGAGCCCAGAAGAACGCUGGCAUGGAAAUGGAUGGCACCCUGACUCCUGUCCGAGCACAGCUUCCACUUGGUGUAAUACCAGCAGGCUCUACUAACGUACUGGCACAUUCUCUUCAUGGAAUCCCUCACGUGGUAACUGCAACUUUGCACAUUAUACUGGGGCAUCUACAACCAGUCGAUGUCUGCACCUUCAGCACCACUGGCAAGCUUCUUCGCUUUGGCUUCUCAGCCAUGUUUGGCUUUGGUGGAAGAACUUUGGCUCUGGCAGAAAAACAUCGAUGGAUGUCCCCUAACCAACGGAGGGAUUUUGCUGUAAUUAAGGCACUGGCACAACUUGAGCCAGAGGACUGUGAAAUAUCAUUUUUGCCAUUUAACAGUUCUCAGGAUUUACAACAAAGGAGGGCACAGGGAUCUCCCAAAUCUGACUGUGAUGAUCAGUGGCAGACAAUCCGGGGCCAGUUUCUGAAUGUCAGCAUUAUGGCAAUUCCUUGCCUGUGUUCAGUGGCCCCUAGAGGUUUGGCACCUAAUACCAGGUUAAAUAAUGGCAGUAUGGCUCUUAUAAUUGCACGAAACACUUCUCGACCAGAAUUUAUAAAACACCUGAGAAGAUACGCCAGUGUUAAAAAUCAGUUCAAUUUUCCAUUUGUUGAGACUUAUACUGUUGAAGAAGUAAAAGUUUACCCAAGGAAUAAAACCAGUGGACGCCAUCCAGAGGAAGAGGAUCAGCUGCAUGAAACUGCUUCAGAAAAGAGUUUCCCUUGGAAUGUAGAUGGCGAUUUAAUGGAAGCUGCAUCAGAGGUCCAUGUUAAAUUGCACCCAAGACUUAUCAAUCUUUAUGGAGGAAGCAUGGAAGAAACGAGUGAUUCUAAAGUAACAUGUAACUGUUUAUAACAUGUACAAACUAGAAUAUUAAUAUGAAGGAAUAUGGUAAUGUUUU